AUGCCCGCCCCUGUCAGUCCCAACACCCUCGUCGCCCGCCAGGCAAGCGAGGACCAACCACCGCUCAGCAUCAAAGGCGACCUGGCCAAGCUGCGCUGGGCCGUCAACAACCCACCCGCCGACCCAGCCGUCUCCUUCGCGGGCAAGACGAUUCUCGUGACGGGCGCCAACACCGGGCUUGGCUUCGCAGCCGCCCUGAGCUACGCCGCCAAGGACGCCUCCCGCCUUAUCCUUGGCGUGCGGUCCGCGGCCAAGGGCGAAGCGGCAGCGCAAGACAUUUCGGCGCGCACUGGCAUGCCCGCCGCCUCCAUCGUGGUCGCGACGGUCGACCUGGCCUCGCUCGACUCGGUGCGCGGGUUCGCCGCCCGCCUCGCCGACGUGGCGCCCCGGCUGGACGUCGCGCUGCUGAACGCCGGCCUGGCCAGCCCGAAAUUCGGCCUCGGCAGCGCGGGCUGGGAGGCGGCGGUGCAGGUCAACGUGCUGGGGUCGGCGCUGCUGGCCGUGCUCGUCCUGCCGCUGCUGCAGGCCGCAGCAGACAGCGGCGGGCAACCGCAUCUGACCUUUGUCAAUAGCAUCGCGCACGCCGACGUCGAGCGCGAGUGGCUGGCCGGGUCCGGCGGCAGCCUGCUGCAGGCGGCCAACGACGAGGCGACAUUCGACGCGCGCAAGCACUACGGCAUGGUCAAACUUCUAGCCAUGGCGGCUAUGCGAGCAAUCGCGCGGAGCCCUGCGGCCGAAGGCGUCGACGCGUCCCGCCGGCCGCGCAUCGUCGUCAACUCCUGCUGUCCGUACCUUUGCAAGACCGAUCUCGGCCGCGAAUUCCCCUUGAUCCAGAAGGCCGUCACGGCUGUCUUCCAAGCUCUCUUUGCCCGCUCGGCUGAGGAGGGAGCCCGGACGCUGGUCGGCGCAACAGUGCUUGGCCCCGAAAGCCAUGGCCGGUUCUGGCACCACGAUCUGCUGUAUCCGUGA